GCUGAAUAAACUAUUAUAUUGCAGGAAAGUGCUUGGCUAGCUGACUUGGAUCAUCUCCUAGCUUUUAGGAGAAAUAACCCCGGCCAAGUUUGAGUUUGCAAAACCUUUAGUCUUUGCUGGCAGGAAAGAAACACAUUAUUUUGGGGGUGCAAAAUGGAUUCGGAAGACAUAGGCUCAGGUAAACUAGGCCAAAUACUGAAGCAGGUUUGGAGACAAAACCAAAUGCUAAAGCAGGCUCUCCUGGGUGAGGACCUCUGUGAGGGGGCUGCUGGAGCCAGCUGGAUAGCCACAGUGGUCUUUCUGGGUCAAGAGCUCUGCAGUACCCUUCAACAGCUGCUGGAACACACUGCAGGGACCCUGCAUUCUACCUGCCAGCAGCUGUACAUACUGCUUGACAAGGAGAAUCAGUGCAUCUGGAGACAAGAAAUGAUUACUUUCAUAGAAUACCUCAUGAAAAUGAAUGAACAUUUGGGGAACACUGCUAUGCUUCUAAAGAAAGAAGAAAAGGAGAUGUGUAAUUUAUGCAGCAUGCAUGAUGAACAUACUCCACAACAGACAAUGUACACCAUUCAAGACACCAAAGCAACAGGCAUUGCUGCAGGAGGGGAACUAAAUGUCAUAGAAACAGCUACUGUUUCUUGCACAAAUGGAGAGAAAAGUCAUUACACAAGCCAGGUCCAGUUAAAAAAAAAUAAAACACAUAUAAAUUCUGUACUGGUAAAAAAAGAAAACAACACAUCAUUGACCAGAAAUGUAACAGGGCAAGAAGAGUCACAGAACACAAUGUUCCCAGAUAAUGCAGAAAAUGGAGAUGGUAAACAAAUAGAACACAUGACCGCUGAGAACAUAACUAGCAACAAGGAACAGAUUCAUGGCAUAAUCCAGACAACAGAAAGAGACAUUAAAGAGAACUCAGAGAACCAAAGAGAAGAGAUUACCACAUCCUCAACAUGUGAGAUCUCCUAUGAAUAUGUGAAUAAUCUCAAUGAUUCAGAAAGUCUAAAACAAAAGAAAAACAUCAUGGAAAAGGAGUAUCUUGAUGUACCGAGUGAUGGGACAGAUCCCCAAGUGGCUUGUUACAUUACAGCACCAUCAUAUGUUUUGCAGCAACUAGAAUGCCAGAUAAUUAAUAGCAUGAGUUCUUUAAUUGUGACUGAUAAUGAAGAAUUGGUCAGCAAUGUUGUCUCUGUUGAAUGCUCAGAUAAGGAAAAGAGAAUUCCAUUUCCAAUAUGCAUUGCGAUUCCAUUUACUGCCCGCUCCAGGGGAAAUUACAGAGACAUCAUGGUGAAAGUGUCUGACAUAAACCUUCAAUCGAGUUACCUAUCCCCAACUUCACUGGAAGGAAUGAGAGGUUAUAAGGUAUCCUGCGCAGCAGUGAAAGUUUACAAACUGGGUAUCUUUUCUGUCAUGUCUUGCUUAAAGAAAGAGUCUUUCACAGUAACAAAGAAAGGCCUCACCCUGAAGUCCAGCAUAGAUUCCCGAAUAUCCUUAUCUUACCCUCCAGGGGUUUUCAGCUCGCCAGUGCUUGUACAGUUAAAGAUUCAACCAGUUGACCCAUCUCUGGUGGCAUAUUUAAAAGCACAGCAAGAUACUUCCUACUCAGCAGUACUGUCCACAAGUCCUCUGAUUCAUGUUCAGCACCCAUCAACUCAUCCUUUUCAGAAGCCAGUCACAGUAUUCCUACCUUGUCCUCCACAACCUGACAAAAAGAGUCCUGGGCCUGAGAAAGAUCAUCAAAGAACAGGUAGUGCCACAACAAACAGGAACACACCUUUAUGUUUCAACCGGGCCAAAAGUGCUUCUAUAAGAAAACCUGGAAACAACCCUUGUGAAUCUUUGAAAUUACUGGGAUUCAGAAGCCACGAUAGUGGUUGGUUUGGACUUGAUAACAUUGUGGUGAGAACCAUCCAGAGUGGCUUGAUAUCAUUUGAACUGUAUGAACAUUUAGAGAGGUUUAUUGUGCUUUACCUUUCCUCUAUGGUGGACAGCAGCCACUUGGUUUCUUUUGUGAAGUCUUUAGAGGAAGCCUCGCUCAGCACCACUGCCUGUGUAGUACUGUCCCACCAGAAGGACAAUCCACAUAGAGUGGUGAUUUUAGUGGUGCCUUCUAAAAAUUUAAACCAGACACUUAAGAACUUGCACUUGGAAGGAUUCAGAGGACUCCCAGAAUCACCUCGCCAUUUCCAAGUAAGAGAAGGAGAACAACUGCUUUUAAGGUUUACUGGAAACAUAUUUGGUUCGAGCAAUGGGAAGGAUUAUGGAAAAGACCACAGGCUUAUUUUCCACUUACAAAGAAAAUCUAGGCUGGAACUUCAGAUCAAAGAAGUGGAUGAAUUUGGAAACUAUAGCUGCCCUCAUUAUAAGGGGACAAUUGUAGUUUAUAUAAUACCCAAGGAAAAGAUAACUUCUAACUUGGAUCAAUCUCUUGUACUUAGUGAAAACCAUUACCAGUUGCCAAUUUGCAAAUUACCAUUGAGACUGCCAAAGCAUGAAAAAUUGAUCAACCGUCCACAGAGUACCAAAAGAAUUUCUACAGAUCCUGUAGAAGCCCUUUGGGAUAACUUGCUUCAUUGGCUGGCAGACGAGCUCUCUGAAGAAGGCACGGAGGCCCUUACCUCAUCCCUCCCUCUACGCCGCAGCACCAUGCAGCUCAUCAAACUCAAGCACCCCGACAACCUCACAGAACAGAUCCAUGAACUUCUUUGCUUCUGGAAAAAAUCACUUCCAACUUCCACUGACAAACUUCGCCUCCUAGUUCGUCAUCUCCGCAAGAUGGGCAGGAGUGACCUUGCAGAAGAGCUCAAAUUCAAGUGGGAAAAUAAAGUAUUCACUGAACCCCAGCAGUGGUUUGAUAUGGCAGGGGAGUAAAAACUAGGUGACUCUUCUUUUUUGCCCUAGGAAAACGUUUAUGGGUUAUAAAGAUGGUUUCUGUCAACUUGUAUCAAGCAGUUUUCAAGUAACACUGAUUGAAAUGAGUCUAUUUGAUAGAUAUUUGAAACAAGGGAGAAGCAGUAAUCAGACAAGACAAGGGUGUGAGCACCUCUCACUGCUGAGUGGCAUGUAUUCUGUUAAUCUUGACUACCUUGGGUUUCAGCCAGGCCUGAUAGCAUUUGCAAUACAGUUUUCCCCAUUUACAUUUUAAUAGUCAAUCUUGCUUUCUAAGACUAUGAUGCACAGAGUCACUUUUUAAUUGUCAUCAACAUGAAACUAAACUAGUUAUCCACAGACCAAAAAUCCAGUUCAAGUUACGUAGGUACCAUGGGAGCUACAGAUAAAAACAUAAAAUAAAUCAGGCUGAUGUUAGUGACAUCAACUCACUUUAAAGAAACAGAAAGGCUCAGAAUAUUUCAGCCACCAACUGCCGCAAACUUCUGUUUUACAAAAAUAUAGGUUGGGGUAGGGAAAUUUUCAUAUUUUGCUAUUAGUGAAAUGAAGGAGUACAGAGAAAAUAAAGUGUAAGAAUUCAAGGCCUCGGGGCCGGGGAUUCAGCUCAGUGGUUCCACCACCUGUGUUGCAAGCGCGAGGAUUAGAGUUUGAUCCCCAGUACAAAAAAAAAAAAAUUCAAGGCCUCUUUCUACUUCAAAAGCAAUGUGUUUUGUAGUCAGUUAACAGAAACCUUAUUACAUAAGGCUUGUAUGCUCAUCAUUAAAAAUAAACCUGUAGAGGGGCUGGUGAUUUAGCUCAGUGGCACCGCACCUGCCUCGAAAGCCCAAGGUCCUGAGUUUGAUCUCCGGUGCCAAAAAAGAAAAAAAUUAAAAAAAAUAAAAUAAACCUGUAGAAAAACACAAACAAAAAGCAUUUGCUAAAACCCUCUGUCCACUGAUAAUCCCUGUUUAGUGCAAGCACUGAGUCUGGAAAACCUAAAGCACUUUGACAAUCUAGAGCAGUUUGAUAGCAAUGAGACAUUACCUUAACCAGUUCAUUAAUGCAAAAUCAACAUGACCUUGGUUUGCAAACAUCAGUAGCAAUCAGUUUCAAUUUUCAAAUACCUAGAAAUGAAUAAAAUUACCAGAAAAAUUAAGCAUUUUGAUGACUUUCAAAUUUAAAGACAAGCUUUUCAUCUACAAAUUAACCAGGGACUUGGCUAUAUAUUUGGUUAUGUAUCGAAAAAGGAUAUCCUAAUUUCCAAACACAUUUUGAAAAAGAAACAUUUUACUAGUCAAGAUUUUUAUUUUUUCUUGUUACUCAAAAGAUAGAAUGUGUAUUUUCAUGUGUUCUUGGAAUGAAGAAUACAGACUAAAAUACUGAUUAUUUUUCUGAUUACAAGGAAAAUAAAAAGCAAAUAAAAUAAAAUUUGACUUUUAUUCUGCCACUGAAAAUUACUAUUAUGAAUAUUUUGAUGUAUUCUCUUCCAAUUUUUUCUUUCUUUUGGAAGGAAAUAUUUUAUUUACACAUACAUAGAUGUACAGAAAUGCUCACAUAUACACACACGCUAGUAUGUAUUCAUCUAACACGCAUUGCCUCACUUGCCUGUCUUCUCACUCACACAAUCUCCUUUGUUUCCCUGUAUAUACACUCACUCAUGCAAACACACACAUGCACAGAUCCCCUCCACACACCUCUCACAAACACACUCUCAAGCACACGUGCAAAUAAUUUACCUCACAGCCUCACACCCACUCAUACACCCCUCCUGUACACCCUGCUUCCACCUUUCACGUGUACACACUUUUCCACUUCCACACACCUUGCACACAGAUGCAGCCUCAGAUCUACUUGUACCCUCUCACACAUCCUCUUGCAAACAGUGUCUCGCACAUCGUGCACUCUCACAUCUCCUACUCACAUAUGCCCAACACCACACACACCCCUCAGACAUACACACAGAAGCACACCUUAUGAAUUUCCGGUACACCUUCACCUGCACACCUAUGUUCUCACAAGGACACUCUUUGUCACAUGCCCCAUUCCUGCUCUUCUCCCACAUUCACAUACGUAUUCUUAUAGGCAAACAAGUGGACAGACACACACACACACACACACACACACACAGCUUUUCAUACACAUGGACACAUUUUCCCAGCAUCAAAUUGCAUACGUCAUUACAAUAGUUCAACAAGGCAAAAAUAUAUAAAGACAACAACUGAUCGACUCUUCAGUAACUUUUCUCCUUUAGGUAACUGAAGCAAUCAGUCUGAUAUGCGCUGUUCCUCUGCCCCUGGACACCCGCACAACUUCCCAGUCUUGCAUACCUGCAUUCUAUUGGGAUGACUGACCUGUAUGGGUCCCAUCAAAGAUGAGGCCCUUGGCUUCUUACUGCUUUUGGCUAAUGGGGAACCCCAGCAGGAGACCAGAAGGAGGGAAGAGAGUAAGUCAAUGCUGUCCCUGUCUUUUGUCCAUGCUCACCAUGGCCAGGCUGUGUGCCUCACCCAAGGUUAUUACUACUCCUCUAGAGUAGCCCCCAGUGGGCCACUAUCUUCUGGGUUUUGACAGCUGGUUUUCCUUUUGUGUCUUCAGAUCUAGAGGUAGCACUAGCUUUCUUGCUCAGAGUAACUUUACUAUCCUUUAUGGUUCCCCUAUAUCUGACUUCCCUUUUAAGAUAAAACUUAAUUUUGCAAAUUUGAAUAGAUAAUAUGUUUCUUACAGAAACCCUGCCUCUAUAUCUCUGCAUUUCUUUCUUAUGCUCUUAGCAACUUAUAUAUUUUCUAGUAUGACAGUUCUUUUUUUUUUCUUUU